UAGCGCCCUGAUGAGCUGCUUCAUGAUGUCCAGUUCAAUCCUAUGUCACUCCCUCGAUCGCACUGCUCGGGGAACGCGGAUGCGGCAUGGCGGUGGAUCGGCAUCAUCACCGUCAAGUUAGUGCCCUUUGGGGUGUGUACGGCGCUGCCAUAACAAGCGCUCUCCGCGUUUCUCAAUGCCCAAGACCGUAGCGCGCUCUGUUGGCCGCCUUGUUAUGUGGCAGGGCGCACAUCUGACCGUUUCAACCUCCGCUCCGUGCUUGAAGUAGCCUCUUCGCCAGCCACAUACGGAGACCAGCACGCAGGUAGGCGAUGCCCAUCCCUUCCGGAGAAUGCGGAGGUGCAUUUAGCUAUGGACAAGAGAAGUAUAAGAGCAGGUAGAACGCCAUUUUGUACCAUCACUUCUCUCUUCAACUCCUCCCAACUCAACUUAGUAGCUUUGCAACAAUGGGCGCCCCCGAGACCAUGGUCGCAUACCUCUACAAACCCGGCUUCGACGACCUCAUCCGCGUUGACGACUACCCCGUCCAGAAGCCCGGCAAGGGAGAGGUCCUCUGCAAGGUCCUUGUCUGUGGUGUAUGCCACUCUGACGUCGCCAUCCUCAACGGAUACACCGCAGACAGCCGGACCUACGUGCUGGGGCAUGAAGUGUGUGCGACGCCGAUUGUCCUCGGCGAAAACGUCGACCCCAGCAUCAAGAUCGGUCACCGCUACGCCAUCCAGCUCAUCAACGGCUGCACGCACGCGCUGAAGCCCCACCAGGCCGCCGCGCUUCAGGGCGUCGGUCUGGGAGGCCCGGGCGGGUACGCGGACUACAUUACUGUGCCGGAUAACUUGUUGGUGCCGGUGCCAGACAACGUGCCCGACAAGGUCGCCGCCAUCGCGGCGGACGCGGGGACGACGGCGUACAACGCUGUCGUGAACACGGGCCAGGUCAAGGCGGGCGACAGGGUGCUCAUCAUUGGCGUCGGCGGUCUGGGUCAUUUGGCCGUGCAGUAUGCGAUUCUGCAGGGCGCGGAAGUCUACGUCUGCGACCUCAAGCCCGAAGCCCGGCGCCUCGGCCUCGAGCUCGGGGCCGUGAAGGCAUUCUCGCUCGUCGAGCUGAGCGCGGCGGUCAGCGCGCCCGAUCCGUUUACGGUGCAUGCGGUGAUCGACUUUGCGGUGUCAGCGCAGACCUUCACUCUGGGCCUGAGCGCCCUCGUCGGCGAAGGAGACCACUACCCGACGGAUCCGCGAUAUGUUUUGGUCGGCGUCUCCGGCGACAACCUCGUCUUCACGUCGGGCGAGGCGCUGUUCAGUGCGAUUCAGAUCCGCGCCAAUCUCUACGGCCCCCGUAGUGCGACCGAGGCUGCGCUGGAGCUGUUUGCCAACGGCUCCGUGAAGGCGCGCGUCACCGCCGAGCCUAUCGAGAACGUGAACAAGAUCAUUGACGAGCUGCGCGCGUACGAAGUCAGCGGGAGGAAGGUGUUGCAGAUCAAUGAGUUGGAGUAUUGAACUGAACUCGGAGGGUGCGCUGGAGGGUUGACAUGUAAGAUUGUGGAAUGCGCGGGUUGACGGCGAUGGUGUAUUACUGUAGUACGUAUCUAAACUUAUGGAUAUAUGUAUAUGAGUGAACGAGAACACAAACCGAGCUUGUCAGGACUGGCC